AUGCGCUACCUGUCGAGGGAGAUUGCCCGGCUGAGUCACCAGAACCUCGGUCCGGACGAGUUCCGCUCGCACGCCGACCUGCUCGACCACCUUGAGCACGACUUCUACUCUGCCUCGGGCAUCACGCACGACGUCUUUGUCAAGGGUGUCCACUCCCACAACGACUACUGGAGACGCCGCCCGCUUCUCGACGCGCUCUCUCUCGGCGUGCACUCGGUCGAGGCAGACAUCUGGUACUUCCCGGAUAACAACGACAACGACGUUUUUGUCGGCCACUCCAAAAAGGCCUUGCGCCAGGACCACCUGCUCGACUCGCUCUACCUCGACCAGCUCCACGCCAUCCUCGCCGGCGCAAACAACAGGAACUCGACGGACGCCGUCGUCUCGGGCGCAGAAACGGCGACAGCGCCGGCAGGAGUGUGGGACACCGACUCCGGCCAAACGCUCUACUUCUUCAUCGACUUCAAGACGGACGGUAACGUGCUCUUCGACGUCCUCUCGAAGAAGCUCGACCGCUUCAGGACCGAGAACUGGCUCAGCUGGUACAACACCUCCAGCAGCGAGUUCCACUGGGGGCCCAUCACCGUCAUCGGCACGGGAAACACCCCUCUCGACAGGGUCCUUGGCAUGGGCGAACGCAGAGACAUAUUCUUCGACGGACCCUUGGACAAGCUCACCGACGCAGACGACCAGAUCUACACGUUAGGUGUCAGCCCCAUCGCCUCGGCGUCCCUCAAGGCCCUUGUUGGCUCCGUCAGCAGUUCCAACGGCCUCUCCGCAAGCCAACUCGACACAGCCCGCCAGCAGGUUGCUAGGGCGCACAAACUUGGCAUCAAGACCAGAGUUUGGGACACUCCCUGGUGGCCCGUCAGCAAGAAGUACGCCGUCUGGAACCAGAUAAUCCAGGUGAAUUCAGACUUCUUGAACGCCGACGACCUUGCUGACGCAGUGGCCUUCAGAAACUGA